UCCGGAUCCUUUGGUAUUCGUUUUGUUGUUUCCAGUCGGGACAUUUUUAGCGUCGUACUAUUUGUGUUGUGGACUCGUAGGGCUCCGUAGUGUGCUGUUUCGUAGUGUCCUCAGAAUGAGCGAAACUACAGAAAAACCUCAAAGUUACGAGGAGAUGUUCGCUAACAGGUUUUCUUCCGAGGACCAAGAAUACCAGCAGUACGUGACCAGGCCAGCUGAUCCGCCGCCUAUCGUGGAGGACUGGAGAGGUCGUGGGGGAGGAAACCAUCAAGGAAGAGAUAGAAGGUACCAGGACCGUCAAGGAGGUCGUGGCUCGGGAGAAGGCCAAGGUUGGAGGGGUGAUCACCCUGGAAGAGGAAGGCAUCAGAGGCAGCACCACGACCGAUAUAGGGAGCAUGAUCGUGGGUCUCAGUCAAACUCCUAUCAGGGAAGCGACUCACAUUACAAAAAGUCUUAUGACAGAUAUUGAUCUCAAUCAUCAGGAUUUCAUUAUUUGUAUAUGUAGCAAUGUUUGUUUUCAUCAUGAGUUUAUGGCAUAGAUUUGACUCAUUUAAAAAGAAGUAGGAACAUUUAAACAAGUACAGCAAUAGGAAGGGGGAAUACUAGGCCUGUUAAUACGUGUGAGUUAGACAUUUUACUGAAAACUGUAAGUGUACUGUUUCAAUGAAAUGAAGUAUGUGGCUUCAUGUGUGCUGUCUGUCAAGCUUGUUGAAGCUACUCACUACAGAUCGUGAUGAAUAAAGUGGUGACUUGAUUCUUGAGUUAAAAGCCA